AGGCAGCGGGAGGCUCCGACGGCGACUCGUUGGUGGCAGGGUCGGUCAUGGAGACUGUGCGGAAAGUGCUGACGGUGGCCGCGGUGCUGGGCGCCGGGGCUGCGGUGGGCUCCUGUCUCUUUGCUCUCGUGACACCAGGAGGACGGCAGAAGGCGGCAAUACUGCAGGAGAUGCCGGAACAGGACCCACGACGCAGGCAGGAGGCGGCUAGGACGCAGCAUCUAGUGAUGGCUGUCCUGCAGGACGCGGCGGCCACCCCGGAAAACGUGGCCUGGAGGAAGAAUUGGAUAGUGAGCGGCGGCGGGAGAUCGGCGUGAGAGCUGUGGGACCCGGGCUCGGGAGCCCGAGGCGGCCGCGCUUUGUGGACCCGGGCGGCCGUCUGGAUCCCGGGUGUCACACACAAGACUCCCGGGCCCAUGGAGCGGCUGCCAGGUGAAUACGUUCUCUCAGCCAUCGGGCUUGUUUCUUUAACAUGCGCAUUGCGUGCUGAGCCCAGACGAGGGUUGAGUGUGUUGAACCGAAAGGAAUUAAUAAAUCCAGUAGACACUG